AAAAGAGUUUGGCAGAUUGAUGCUUGCUUUUUCCGCUGACUAAACCAUUGUUCUGUGGAACUGGGACAUUUCCUACUGUAAACAUGUAAGACUUGGACCAGUUCCUUGUGUGAAUCGCGAUGGUGACGUCAUCAAAAGACGACGGUAUUGUGGUAGGGAAGGGGCGUGUAGUGGAAGCUAGGUUGAAAAUAUAAAUGGCGCGGGAAGAGGUGGCGCACUGCCGCGAUGGAUGCAAGAAACCGGCCGUUUACUUCUCUUACUGGGCUUUUAGCGGAACAUUUUUGAAUGCUAAAACACGGCGCCGCAAAAUUAGAAUCAUUCAGCCUAUCGAACAUCAAACGAGCCACUGCGCGACACAAGACGAGUCAGCAAACGUUAUUGACUCGUUCAACGACCGGUGCCGUAUGCGACGUCGGAUGGGAGGAUGUCCAAUGGCAAGAUCAUCGCCAACACUCCGCUGGCCGUCGACUUCUGGCAUCUUCGCAGAUGUCCAGAGAGCAGACUCUUCUUCCUGUCGCACAUGCACAGCGACCACACGGUCGGCCUGACGUCAACAUGGGCGGACCGACCCAUCUACUGCUCCCCGGUAACCGCUUCGCUGGUCAAAGUCAAGCUGCGGGUGAAGGAAAAGUGGAUCCACCCAUUGGAGAUUGGCGACUCGUACCUCCUGCCCCUGGAUGACAUUGGCAAAGAAAACAUGACCGUCACACUGAUCGACGCCAACCACUGUCCCGGUGCGGUCAUGUUCCUCUUCGAGGGCUACUUUGGCACCAUUCUAUACACCGGUGACUUCCGAUAUUCCCCAUCAAUGCUGCGCGAGCUGUGCCUGGUAACCAACGGCGUUAUCGAUGUGCUGUACUUGGACGACACCAACUGUGACCCCAACCGCAGCAUCCCGUCAAGAAAGCAAGCCACGCAGCAAAUCAAGGAGAUCAUUCGCAGCCACCCGGACCACACCGUUGUCUUAGGUCUCUACACCCUGGGCAAGGAGUCUCUGUUGGUGGAGCUCGCCAUGGAGUUUCAAACCUGGAUCGAGGUGAGUUUUGACAGGAUGGAGACCCUCAGAGUGCUCGGGCUGCCCGACGUCUUCACCACCGACCGGGGCGCCGGUCGCAUCCGCGUCGUGGAGCAGAGAGAGAUCUCCUUUGCCGCCAUGUGCCGGUGGAACAGCGAGCAACCCACGUUGGCCAUCUAUCCCACCAGCAGGCCCCUCCCACUCUUCCACCCCAAACUGCACGUGGUGCCCUACUCGGACCACUCGUCUUAUCAGGAGCUGGUGGACUUUGUCUCCGGACUCAAGCCUUCCUCCCUGUUGCCCAUCGUUGGCAACGGCAUCCCGGCAAGCCUCUCCGGCUUAUUACCCCGCAAAAGGCGCGAAGUCCUGGUGCCCGAGUCGGUGCAGCGCUACAUGAGGAGGCUGCCGGAGAACUGGAGCAGAUCGUCAGGAAACCUUCGGCGCCAAUAUGUUCGACCGCCGGUGCCUAAAGGAGUGGUGUUUGACUCCCCCGGGGAGCGUCCGGGUCCGGUUUCUUCUUCCUCCUCCUCCGAGAUGGACACGGACAGCGAUUGCAGCCUGGCGGAAUCCCGCGAGGAGUUCACCUUUUACAAAAGCGGUCGAGAACCCUCGGACACGUGGAAGCUAAACCUCGUGCACCCCAUCCCGGAAGAGAUCUUGACGGCGCAACGGGUGCCGUUCAGUCAACUCAGCCAGAGCAAUUUCGGCCCUCUGGAAAUCCUGCAGGACGCGGGUAGCGGCCUAGCAGCGCCGCGGCGACGCCCCACCGAGGAGGCCACGGCGAGCGCGACUCCCGGGACCCCCGCUCGGGACGACGACUCGAGUGCGUCCGAGGGUGGCUCUGCACCCCUCGACGCUUUGAACGAUUUCGUCGCCUCGUCCGGUUCAUUUCGGAUUUCGGAGGCUCACCUGGAACGGCUUGAAAAUGACAUUUUGAAGCAGGCGCUUUUCCCGCCGGAGGACUUAAAGCCGUGCCGCCCUCUGAAGAGCGUCAUGCGCGUGGUUUCCCUCUGUCCCGUACGCAAGCCUGAUGUGCCAUGAGUGUGUUUUUGCUGUUCAACCGAGCGCGCCAUUUUUUAACCUUUGCUCAGCCAAUUUAUUUGACGUGAUAAAAAGCUCACACGGCACGCCACCGAGCAGAAAAGUUACGUGAAAGGAAAAACCCACAACAAUCACUUGCACGGCUCGACACUGACAAAAUUAAUAAUAAAUUAAAAUGGACGGACUAUUAAACACUGAGAAUCA